AUGGACAGCUCAAGUAAAGCAACGCUGUUCAACGCACUGACGUGGGUGGACGCGCUCAAGACACGCGAUGGUGUGAACUCCCAGCAAGUCGACGCGGCCCUCACCAGCCUCACUGAAGCGUUUGGCAUGAACGUGCACGACGCAGAACAGAAACGACAGCUGGCAGUCAACGGCGACACCUCGUUCGACGAAAUCUUCGCUGCGGGACUCAAAGCGCUGAAUCUGGAGACCGGUGCGCCAGGCGAGACCAAGUCGAUGGCAGACGAAGACCCAGUCGUGAAGAAGCACCCGGAGCUGUGGAAGAAGUGGCUGGCCAAGCUGGAGAGCAAGGGCUUCUUCAAGGACGCUGCACCUGGCUCCGGCGAAUACGCUACACGUACGAACAAGGCGUUGGCCAAAUUCAAGGAGAAAUUCGGCGACGUCAAGCCGGAUUUAUAUAAAGAAGAGAAGGAAGCUAAGGCUGAAGAAGUGAAGGCUCAGGGUAACGCAGCGUUGAGUCGUCAGGACUACGAAGGAGCAGCCAAACUGUACCGUGAGGCGCUGCAGCUGUCGUCUGACGGCCCGUCGUCCCACAUUUACCACUCCAACUUGGCUGCGGCGUUGAUGUACUUGGGUAAGCACACGGAGGUGAUUGACCACUGCGAGCAUUCGAUCGCUCUCCAGCCGUCGUACGUCAAGGCCUAUUCUCGUAUGGGCAGCGCACAAGUGCAACUUCAGGACUUUGACGGCGCCAUCGACACCUACCGACGUGGACUGGAAGUGGAUAGCACGAAUGCUGCGUGUCGUGACGGACUGGCGGAUGCAGAACGUAAGCGUCGUCAGAUGCAGACGACGCCAGCAGCGUCAGCUUCGGCCGGAGGGGCUGGCGGCAUGCCGGACCUGUCGAACCUGGCCAGUAUGUUGGGCGGAGGCGGCGGCGGCGGCCUGGCCGGCCUCAUGAACAACCCGCAGAUGAUGCAGAUGGCUCAGAACAUGAUGCAGAACCCUCAGAUGAUGCAGAUGGCGCAGAACAUGAUGCAGAACCCCGACAUGCUCAACAACCUCAUGGGUGGACUUGGUGGCGCUGGCGGAGACGCUCCUGCAGCUGCUGGAGGUGCAGCAAGUGGGAUGCCCGACAUGAGCGGCCUUAUGAACAGCCCUGAGCUCGUGGCUGCGCGAUCGGACCCGGACUUGGCGGAUUUCUUCCGUGACGUGGACAGCGAGGGCCCGUCCGCUGCUAUGCGUCACAUGUCGAACCCCAAGGUCUCCCAGCUCAUGCAGAAUGUCAUGUCUGGAAUGCAAGGUUAG